UUGCAACCAAGUGCACUUUCAGUUGAGCUGGAAACUGUGUUGGCUUCAUUGGCGUGUAUUAUUUUUGUUAACAAAUUUGUGAAACCAUAAAAGAUUGUGGGCCAGAAGUCAAAUUAUUGAAGUAAAAUAAACUUCUCAACAACAUGGAAAAAUUGCACCAGUAUCAAGGCAUCACAGGACGCUUUCAUCAAUUAAGGGACAAUAUUAAAGAAUUAUACCAUGGCUUUGAUGAUGAAGAAUCGACUAAUAUAGUACAAAGGGCUAAACAAACUAUUUUGGGUCAGCUCAAAGGAAACACAAGUGCUAAUAAGGAUUACUCACACAUAUUCAGAUGUAAAUCGCGUUCUGAAUUGAUACGUGUAUCUGCUGCAGUAAUGGGCAUUGAGUUUUCGUACGCGGCAGAAACAGCAUUUGUGUCUCCGACUCUACUUAAAAUCGGAGUUGAGCAUCAGCAUAUGACAUUGGUUUGGGCAUUAUCUCCUCUAGUCGGAUUCUUUUUAUGCCCAAUAUUGGGAUCAUUAUCUGACCGAUGCAAGUUAAAUAUGGGACGACGGCGGCCAUUUAUAUUACUGCUAUCAAUCGGAGUAGUUUUUGGACUUCUUUUGGUACCAAAUGGUGAAAGUUUGGGUUAUUGGUUUGGCGACGAACAUCAGUACCCGCCUAAUGUAUUUUCAGUAAGCAACAUGACGCAAAAUACCACUCACAAUACGCAUAGCUCUUCAAAGAAUUCCCAUCCUUGGGGAAUUUUUUUUACUGUUUUGGGGACUGUUCUUCUUGACUUUGACGCAGAUGCUUGUCAAAGUCCUUCAAGAGCGUACCUUCUGGAUGUAUGUGUUCCCGAAGAUCAUGCCAAGGGUCUCUCUACUUUCACUAUAAUGGCAGGACUGGGAGGAUUUUUUGGCUAUUCAAUGGGCGGCCUUAACUGGGAUGACACAGAAAUUGGUCGUCGAUUGGGAGGACAUGUCAAGGCUGUUUUCUCAAUUAUAACGGUUAUAUUUGUGGCUUGUGUUACAUUAACAAUUACCAGCUUUACCGAAAUUCCUCUUUGGGCACUAUCGGGCUCAGAAAAUAAUGACAGUCGAAAGGAACAAGCACAGUUAGAAGUGCCUCUUUCAACUUACGGUGCUAUUGACAUUGACGUAUCAUGCAAGAACGCUGAAAAUAAGGAACAGCUUAUAACUGGAACGACAUCAGAUCCCACCUCAACCUUGAAUGAUGUUGAUGAAACUUCAUUCACAGAACUUCCAGAACCCUUAACACAAACAAUUGAAGUGGAAAAUUUACAACAGACACAGAGCUCCGUACAAAUAGAGUCAUUAUCACACUAUUUACUAUCCAUUAUAUACAUGCCACACUCCUUGCGAAUGGUAUGCCUCACGAAUCUUUUUUGUUGGAUGGCGCACGUUUGCUACUCACUUUAUUUUACUGAUUUUGUGGGCGAAGCUAUAUUCAAUGGUGACCCAAAGGCAACAGAAGGCUCAAACCCUCAGAUCCGUUACGAAGAGGGCAUUCGCUUCGGGUGUUGGGGAAUGGCAAUGUAUUCACUGUCAUGUGCUUGCUAUUCGCUUGUUAUAGACAAGCUUAUUCAACGUUUUCGGGCCAAGCUUGUAUACGUUGGAGGUCUUUUUUUUUAUUGCACUGGAAUGGCCUUAAUGGCCUUGACUCGAGCAAAAAUAAGUGUCAUACUGUUUAGCUGGACGGCGGGUGUUAUGUAUUCUACUCUCUUCACGAUGCCAUAUUUACUUGUAGCACACUACCACUAUUUGUCCACGUUUGAGUUAGAUGAAAAUGGACAAGCAAAACAUGGAUCAGGAGUCAGAGGAUUGGGCACUGAUGUUGCCAUUAUAAGUAGCAUGGUAUUCUUGGCCCAAUUUAUAUUAUCUAUGUGUAUGGGUACAAUUAUUAAAUUAUCGGGUACUACAACAGCUGUUAUUUAUACUGCAAGCUUCUUGAGCCUCUGUGGAGCAUUUUCUGCUACAAAGAUAAUGUAUUUGGACUUAUAAGUCUUUUAAAACAAAAAAAUAAUUAUUAAGAAUGCAAAUGUUACGUGCUAAGAAUUAAUGCAAUCAAACUUAUUUAUUAUUAAGUUAAAGGUAAUAAAUCAACGACUAUAUAUUCAACUAUUAAA